AUGGCUAAAGCAGAACAAGACCUCAAAUCUAUUCUGGAUGGAGGCUUUAACCCCCGAGAAUUCCCUUGGUACGAGCAUGAACUUGUCGAGGUCCCUGAGCCAGCGAAGAAGAUCCUAGAGAGCAGAAUUCCACCUGAGGCUGUGGUCGAGCAUGUAAAGAAAGUGCGGGAUAGAGCUUUUGCCGUGUUCCCUUAUCCGUGCAUAGGUGCUUUUCGUUUCUUGGAUAUGUCUAUAGCACAGUCACCGCUGUAUCCUGAAAUUCUCGAUCGCCUGAGGUCCGGUGAAAAGCUACUGGAUGUUGGAUGCGCAGUUGGACAAGAGUUGCGUCAACUGGUCUUCGACGGCGUGCCAUCAGAGAAUCUCUUCGCCUCAGAUCUCCGCCAAGACUUCUUCGACAUAGGCUACGACCUAUUCAACGACCGCGAUAGUCUAAAAUCUCACUUCAUAAUGGCAGACAUCUUCGACGACAACUCGGACUUGGUAAGGAAUCUGGCCAACAAAAUCGACAUCGUGAAUGCCGCUUCAUUCUUCCAUCUCUUCGACUGGGACAAGCAAGUUACCAUUGCAAAGCGGCUUAUCGGGCUGCUUCAAGACAGGCCUGGGUCUCUUUUGAUUGGAAGACAGGUCGGCCGGGUUGAUCCGCCACCUCCUGAAAGGAAACAUGAAGCUGGAAAGCAUUACCGCCAUAAUCCUGCUACGUGGAAGCAGCUCUGGGAGCAAGUUGGGAGCGAAACGGGGACAAAGUGGGAGGUUGAGGCUUGGAUGGAGAAGUGGGCUGGGGCGGAUUCUAUGAUGAAGGAUUUCCAUGAAGGCAUGGAAACGUUUAAAUUGAGGUUCAUGGUGCGGAGGAUUUAA